GUAUUAAUACGAAAGUGGUGGAAAAUGAGAAGGCCAUAGAAGAUGAGAAGGCCAUGAUGAAAUCAGAGCAGGAGUUCUACUUAGAUAUUAUUGGAAUUAUAUUUCAAGAUGAAAUUUCCUAUCGACUCCGAUUUCCUUUCUACAGAUCAGUUAUACCACACAAAGAUCUUGCUGAUAUAGAUUCGUGUUUCAACUUUCACUCAAUUGAUUGUAAAAAUCCGAAGUAUUGGACUCAAGGCUUUAUCUCACUGCAAUCUAGCAUUGACAGCGCACUUAUUGAAAGGAUCACCAAUCACUCUGUUUGGGAAGAAAUGACUUCUAUUAAUGGCAUCCGUAUGAAAUCACCUUCUCUUAAAAUAGGAUCUGAAUUAGCAAAUAGUGUGUUCCUUUGGACUUUAUCACUGUGUUUUGCUCCAUUUAUGUAUUUCUUGGCACUAACAGUUUCAAGAGAGAAAAGGAAAUUAAAAGAGGUGAUGAAGACAAUGGGACUACGAGAUGCAGCAUUCUGGCUCUCCUGGGGUUUGUUGUACACCAUAUACAUCUCAAUUCCAAGCGUGGUGCUGACAUUUUGUCUGAAAGCUACAUAUUUUUACCUAAGCAGCAAUUCUAUCUUAUUUGUCCUGCUUUUCCUUUAUGGCAUUUCAUCUAUAUGUCUCUGUUUCAUGUUGAGCUCUCUCCUAAAGAAACCCAGAACCACUAGCUUUGUUAUUUUCAUUUUCACUUUUUGUUUGGGAGCCCUCAACAUUAUUACAACAAUCAGGUUGAUACCUCCAAGUUUGGAGUUGAUUUUGAGCAUCUUCUGCCCAUUUGCUUUUGGUGCUGGGCUUUCAAAGGUUCUCUAUUUUCAAAAAUAUGGAAGGACCUUUGAUUUUACUGACUUAAUGUUGGAACCAUAUGGUUAUUGCUUGCUUAUUGACAGCAUCUUAUACAUGCUGCUGGCUUUCUAUUUUGACAAGGUUGUGCCUGACAAAUAUGGGGUGCCUUAUCCUCCACUGUUUUUUCUGAAGAAGACCUUUUGGUGUAAACCAAAAAGCCCCUAUACUGGGAAUGUUCCUACAAGUGAAUGGAGUCAUGGGAGUAUCUUCAGUGAUAAUACUGAGCCUGUGCCCCCUGAAUUCGAUGGGAAGGAAGCCAUAAGGUAA